CGUGGAUUGUUGCCAGCUGUAUGCUAGUCUGGAUAGAGGAUAGAAUUAAUUGGUAUGCCGUAUGUUUCAGAUCAUGCGGUGGUUACUGUGCUUUGUACUGUAUGUACCACGAAACUCCCAACAUCCGAAUAUCGCAUGUUCCCCUUCUUCCAUCUCCCACGCGAACUGCGUGACGAGAUUCUCGAGAAAAUACUCUAUCUCCAUCCUCACCUAUCAACACCCAUCGCCACGAAGAUGGGUCUCCUACUGGCCAAUCGCCAAAUGCAUGCCGAAGUGACUGCGUUGCUAGCCAGAUUAAAACCGGAAUACGUUAUAGAUCUUCCUGUCGUCAACGAACAGUAUCUGCUACCGACAUGGCGCUUCACAGUACCGUACAAGACAGCUCAAAUCGAGUCGCUCACGAUCAAUGUCAAAUUCUGUACAAGCAAUCCAGAACUGGUCUUGGAUCACACCGACCGUUGGAUAUAUCGAAAGAGGACAUAUGUGGGGAACACCAUAAAUUCAUUCCUCCUUAGACUCUUACACAGCGGCAUGGCAGGGAAGCUCGAACAACCGCACCGGGCAGUGGGGCUUUUCACUUCAGGCUACAACUACGGCAACCUUUUCAUUCGCAGACUAUGUAUCAACCUUGACGUCCAGGAGAGUGAAACUCCAGUGCUGCUCACAGAAGAGGAGGUUCCCGUGCGCACUCCGGGGCUCUGUGAUGGUCUCGACAUGGACACGCCUCUCUACGGCGUUAAGUGGAAUGGCGUUCAGGCUGUCGAGGAGCGGCUUACUCAUCUAUUGGAUAUUUUCACGAGCCGCGGGUCAAAGGCGUAUAGGUAUGUUGGCAAGGUCGUGAUAGCACGGGGUGGAGUAGAUCAAACGACACUGGACCCUGGCCGGAUUACUCUGGGUCCAGAGAUGGAGCCAUGGUAUCGACUCUUUGAUUUAGACGGCGAAGAGCAGUGAGGGUUGGUCUUCUGCGAUAUCACGUACUGCAAUUUAUAGAAGGUACAAGGGGUGGUUGAGUCAUUGAAGCGAGUAGAUUUUCAAUCCUCGAGUCCAUGGUGGUUGUCAUUAGUAAUUGAAACCUGUACUACCACAGAGA